UGCAGGCCAAGGAGAGAGGCACCAUCCUGCCCACAUUUGGUCUUCAGUGGGUAGAUUAGCUGCUUAGAUCUCUGCAUAGGGUGACAGCCCUUCAGCCAUGGUUCGGGGCCUCCUCCCUAGCCUUCUCUUUUUUCUCCCCCUCCUCUCUGGGGGACAGUACAGCUUUAAGGAAACGUCUGGCAGAUGCAGACAGCAGAACAUCUGGGCAGUGUUAGCUGAGUCUCAGAGGAUGCAGGAACGAACCACACACUUUGGGAAAGUUAAAGCACAAGUUUCCUGAACAGGCUGAGAGGAGAGAGAAGGCAAGGAGAGGGAGCAGCAGUGAGGCAGGUACCAGUCUACAGUGCUGCCUGCUGGGCUCUCCGGGCUGCAGCCUGCCUGCUAACAUCAGAGUGCACUACCAGGCAAGGUGCUAGCUCCCGUGGCCCAGGCCCACUCCACACGCUAGAAUGGCACAAGGAGAAGCACCACUCCUGCUGCUCUUCCUCACCAGACUGGUGUCAUCAACAUGGUAUGAAGGUUCUGGCUACCAUGCUACUGAGAGGUACAACAAUGAAGUGUAUGUGGAAGAGGCUCCCCAAGCUCCUGCCCUGGACUAUCGAGUUCCCCAGUGGUGCUAUCCAUUAAACGUCCACCACGGAGAGGCGACCUGCUACUCCCCCAGGGGAGGGAAUUACCGCAGCAGCCUGGGGACGCGCUGUGAGCUCUCAUGCGAUCGAGGCUUCCGGCUAAUAGGACGGAGGUCAGUGCAGUGCUUGCCGAGCCGGCGCUGGUCUGGCACCGCCUACUGCAGACAGGUCCGGUGUCAUGUGCUGCCGGCAGUGAUGAGCGGCUCCUACCAGUGUUCAGCUGGGGUGCUGCUGGACUCUCACUGUGAUUACUCCUGCCUCCCUGGGUACCACCUGGAGGGUGACCGCAGCCGGAUGUGCAUGGAGGAUGGGCGGUGGAGCGGCAGUGAGCCAAUCUGUGUAGAUAUUGAGCCCCCCAAGAUCCGUUGCCCGGAGACACGAGAGAGGAUGGCGGAGCCAGAGAAGCUGACGGCCACUGUGUACUGGGACCCACCCCAUGUGAAGGACUCUGCUGAUGGCAUCAUCAAACGAGUGACACUGCGGGGCCCAGAACCUGGGUCUGAGUUUUCAGAGGGGGAGCACGUUAUCCGUUAUAUCGCCUACGACCAGUCCUACAACCGAGCCAGCUGCAAAUUCAUCGUCCGAGUCCAAGUGCGACGCUGCCCUGUUCUGAAGCCGCCGCAGCACGGCUACCUCAGCUGCACCUCUGAGGGCAAUAACUACGGUGCCACAUGCGAGUACUUAUGUGACGGGGGCUAUGAACGCCAAGGGAUCCCCUCGCGCGUCUGCCAGUCCAGCCGCCACUGGUCGGGAUCCCAGCCCAUUUGUGUGCCCAUGCAGAUCAACGUGGACGUGAACUCGGCCGCUGGCCUCCUGGAUCAGUUCUAUGAGAAACGUCGGCUCUUGAUCGUCUCUGCUCCCGACCCCUCCACUCGCUACUACAAGAUGCAGAUCACCAUGCUGCAGCAAGCCACCUGCGGGCUGGACCUGCGGCACGUCACCAUCCUCGAGCUGCUGGGGCAGCCCCCCCAUGAGGUGGGCCGCAUCCGUGAACACCAGCUCUCGGCUGACAUCAUCGAGGAGCUCAGGCAAUUCCUGCACAUCACCCGCUCCACUUUUAACAUGGUGCUGAUUGACAAGCAGGGCGUGGACCGUGAGCGCUACAUCGAACCCAUCACCCCUGAGGAACUCUUCAUCUUCAUUGACACCUACUUGCUGAGCAGCCAGGAGGUCACCCAGCGAGCACAAAGCAGGGACAUGUGCGAAUGAGCGACUGCUGCACGGGUGGAGGCAGAUCCCUGCAGCCCAGGAGCCAAUGCUCCCACCCCUUUAAAUUCAGAACUCCACAGCCUCAGAGGACAGAGAAUUCCCUUUCCGCAUCGUCUUGGGCCAGCUGCGAGGGAGGAAACACUGUCAAAGGUCACAGACUUUCCGGUGGAGCCAGCUGGGCCAAGCCGAUGUCACACCAGCCUUUCACUGCACCAGGCCAGCAGCGAGGUUAGGAGAAAAGAGGAGUUUGGGGGCAUUAUCUUUUUCCCCACCUUCCCCCCACCCUCAGCCUCUGCCCAGGCCCAAAAAGUCACUAACAGACCAGCAAGGGGUGGCUGCAGGUCAGGAAGGAUGGAGCACAAGCCCAGCAGCGUCCGAACUUAGGUCACCCGCCUUGUUAUUUCAUUCUCCUCUCUUGUAAGAAACAAGUAUCUUCUAACAUCAGUAGGGUUCUCAACCAUGCAGUAUGCCCCUCACUCCCCCAGGCCAGGUUUCCCAUGCAGUGCUAGCCCAGCAUGCCCUGCCCGGUCUGCACUAGCCCACUGGCCAAGGACUCAUGCCUCUAGCAAUAGCACUCUUCCCCCGCACACCAUACAGAUCAUGCCAAACACAUCAAGCACGUUUGCGUAGCCACCGGAGGUGGAGCUGUGAUGCUCUGGCAAAGGAUGACAGGAGCUGCCCAGAGCAGUCUAUGAAUCCCUGCUGCAUUAGGCUUGUUCCCAAGAGCUGGAAGAGGGUUAGGCUGGCUGCAGCCCACCAUCACCAAGCGCCUGACACAAUUUUCCAGAGAAGAUGGCUUCUCUGAAUGCCAGAGCAGGAACAGAAGAUGUUUGAACGACAUACUCAACUACAAAGGCUGGGCUUUGUUUAGACCCAAGCAGGCAUGAGGUAAGAGUCUCGGAGUACAAAGCAAGCCACCCAGGGAGCAGGCCCAGUGCAACUACAGAGUUUUAGGCAACCUGUCUCAGAUAGGGCCUGAAGCUGGUGAAGGUCACUCCUUGUAACUUUCCUGAGACAACAGGAUCUGGCCACCCAGGAAGUUUCUUUCCUAUUUUAAAAACAGGUGGGGAAGCGCUUGGUUCAUUAAGAGCAAAACUGCCCCAGCAGCCCAGAGGCCCCAGCUUCCCUGCACACUAGGGCCUGGCCAACAGUCUUAGGGCCACAGCUUAUUCUCCUGCCUCAGUACAGGACUCCACUAACCCUUACCUACUGGAGAAAGGCCACUAGUAUAGAGGACAGGUUUGUAACCAUAGUGUCUCUUGCCCCUAUCCAUCAUUCCCCUUCUCCAAGGAACAUGGGGAUGGGUAGUGAGGUAAAACAAGGACAGCACACAGGGCAGAGUGCAGGUAGCAGUGAAGGGUUGACGGAGCCUGCCCCUACUGUGCUGCUCAGCCAGUGGUGGAGAUGGGCCCCUUAGCUCAGCAAACAUCUAACUGCAAGUUUCAAAGUCUACCUCUUCCCUGGAGCAGCCCCUCGGGGACACACAGCUCCAGGCCAUGCUGCCACAAAGCAAUGCUAAGACAUAGCCCGACCACAAGCGGAGCAGACAACCACCUGCAGUGGAAGGCAGCCGGCCAGGGUAGACGAGAUUCUAUUCUCAUCACAGUUAGGGGCAGCAGCUUUUCCCUUGUCUCUGUAUGCAGCUCCCUGCCCUUCACACCAAACUCCAGGAACUCCCUCCCAGAGACAGGGAUAAGUCUGUCCCCCCCCAGUCCCAACAGCCCCUGUGAAUGACUACAGUCCUGAUACCACCAGCAACAGCAAGAAAACCUUUAUUAAAACAGAUAGUCCCUUGUGGUGAGCCUUGACACAGUAACCAAGCAGGAAUCACAGUGCAUCUGCCAGUACAAAGACUGCCCUCCCAGACAGUUGUUUGAUGUGGAUUUUAACUCAUGCCGUAGAAUUUGCUUUUCCUUUCCUCCAAGAGGGGCUGUUGCCCUCUUGUUGGCCACUAUUUUGACCCCCAUAACAUUUUGUAUUUUAAAUGAAUAAAUCUGUGUAAGAGA